AGAGGAGGAGAGAAAGGAAUAUGAUGAAAGGAGGGUAUACAGUAUCACAGAUGCAGAGAAAGGGAACCUUUUACAUAGAAAGUAACCAGGUCCUGCAGUACUUAUAUUCAGAAGCAUUAAGAGAUGACCAACCAUGCAAAUGAACAGACGAGGCACCUUGAAAAUCUGCCUGCGCAAUGUCUGCAGCCCCUCUGCCUAUCUCAGACACAGCUGGCACAACUAAGGGACAUGAUUAUGGACAACAUAGAGCGAGGGCUAAAGAAAGAUCCCGAUAGACCAUCCACACUAAAAAUGCUACCGACAUAUGUUCGCUCAACGCCAGAUGGCACUGAGAGAGGCCAUUUCUUGGUGUUGGACCUUGGUGGAGCCAAAUUUCGUGUCCUUCAGGUGAAACUUGACAAAGAUCGUCCAGUGGAAAUGGAGAGUGAAAUUUAUGCUAUUCCUGAGGACAUCAUGACUGGUACAGGACGACAGCUAUUUGACCAUGUGGCUGAGUGCCUUGGGCGUUUUCUUCGCCAGCGACAUCUUCAGCAAAAAGCCUUACCACUUGGCUUCACCUUUUCAUUCCCUUGUGUGCAGAGUCAAUUGGACAAGAGCGUAUUAAUCUCAUGGACUAAAGGAUUCCAUUGUUCAGGUGUAGAAGGAGAAGAUGUGGUGCAACUAUUGCGUGAUGCCAUUCAUAGGCGAGAUGAUUGUAAUGUUGAUGUGAUUGCUAUUGUCAAUGACACGGUGGGAACAAUGAUGAGUUGUGGAUACCAUGAUCAUAGCUGUGAAGUUGGCUUUAUUGUAGGCACUGGCACUAAUGCCUGUUACAUGGAGGAGAUGGGAAAUGUAGAAACCGUGGAAGGUGAUGAAGGAAAAAUGUGUGUGAACAUGGAGUGGGGAGCACUGGGAGAUGAUGGAGAAUUAAGACCCUUUCAGACAGAUUAUGAUCAUCAGGUGGAUCAAAAUUCAUUUGCUCCUGGGAAACAAUGUUUUGAUAAAAUGAUCAGUGGAAUGUAUUUGGGAGAAAUUGUGCGUCUUGUACUGGUAAGACUAGCCAGUCAAGGGCUUCUUUUUGGUGGAGCCAAAACUUCAGCGCUGCUUACGAAGGGAAGUUUUGCAACAAAGCACGUGUCAGCAAUUGAGGAUGAUCAUUCUGGUCUUGCUGCAGCUAAGCAGAUCUUGACACUCUUGGGGCUCAAACCAAGUGAGCAAGACUGUAUACAAGUACAGCGUGUGUGCAGCACUGUAUCCACAAGAUCUGCUAACCUUUGUGCUGCUGGGAUAGCUGCAGUUGUCACCCGCAUUCAACGCAACCGCCAUGACAAUCACAGUUGUGUGACAGUGGGAGUGGAUGGAUCUGUAUAUAAGUUGCAUCCUAAAUUUAGUGAACGUCUACAUUAUGCGCUCAAGUUUUUGGCUCCACAAUGCCAGAUAAAGUUUAUAGUAUCUGAGGAUGGAAGUGGAAAGGGAACUGCUAUAGUGACAGCCGUAGCGCAGCGACUUGCAGCACAGCGACAGCUAAUAAACAAAGUUCUAGCUCCACUGAUUCUGUCCAAUGAAAAACUGAGGGAGGUGCAAAAGAGAAUGUGUGUUGAGAUGGAGAUGGGGCUCAGAAAAGAAACCCAACCUAAAGCUACUGUGAAGAUGCUUCCCACCUAUGUGCGGGCUACACCUGAUGGCACUGAAAGAGGCGACUUCCUAGCACUUGAUCUAGGUGGCACCAAUUUUCGUGUUUUGUAUGUACACGUGGGGCUAAAAGAGGAAGGAGGAGUACAGAUAAAGAGCAAAACUUUCUCUUUGUCAGAAGAAGUGAUAACAGGAACUGGAGAAGAGCUAUUUGACCACAUAGUGGACUGCAUCACAGACUUUCAAAAUGAAACCCAUCUUCGAGGAAAAAGGCUUCCUUUGGGAUUCACAUUUUCCUUUCCGUGUAAACAGACCAGCCUUGAUCAGGGCAUUCUCAUUAGCUGGACAAAAGGCUUUAGUGCGUCAGGAUGCGAGGGAGAAGAUGUAGUCAGACUUCUCAGAGAGGCUGCUGUACGAAAAAAUAACUCUGAUCUGUUUGUGGUUGCCCUUGUAAAUGAUACUGUAGGGACAAUGAUGUCCUGUGGCUAUGAUGACCCAUCUUGUGAAAUUGGGCUUAUUGUAGGUACAGGAAGCAACGCUUGUUACAUGGAAGAUAUGAAGAAUGUAGAGGUCCUGGAAGGGGAUGAAGGACAAAUGUGUAUAAAUAUGGAGUGGGGGGCCUUUGGGGACAAUGGUUGCUUGGAUGACAUUACUACAUCUUUUGAUCAUAAUGUAGAUCAAUUUUCCAUGAAUCCUAGAAAACAGAAGUAUGAGAAGAUGAUCAGUGGCAUGUACCUUGGAGAGAUUGUGCGCCAGAUCCUCAUUGUUCUGACUGAAAAUGGAUUAUUGUUUGGAGGCAAAAUUUCCCAGCGGCUACAGACCAGAAACAUCUUCCCUACAAAAUUCCUCUCCGAUAUUGAAAAAGAUACUUUGGGCUUAAUACAGGUGAGGUCCAUCCUGACUGAUCUAGGCCUGCGCAGUACAUGUGACGAUGCAGUGGUGGUUAAGGAAGUGUGUACCACUGUGUCACGGAGAGCUGCUCAGUUUUGUGCUGCUGGCAUUGCAGCAGUUGUAGAAAAGAUCCGAGCUAAUCGUGGUUUGGAUCAUCUAGAUGUCACUGUAGGGGUUGAUGGGACCUUGUACAAGCUGCAUCCCCACUUUGCUGGAGUUGUUCAGGAGACGGUUAAGGCAUUGGCUCCUCAAUGUGAAGUCACCUUUCUCCGUUCAGAUGAUGGUUCUGGAAAAGGGGCAGCUUUGAUAACCGCAGUAGCGUGUCGUAUUGCAGGUUCAGAGGCACGUGCUGCGUAAGGUCGUCAUCAUCUCUUCGAAAGCUUAGGUUUCCCACGGUAUCACAAAUAUGUUUCGCAGUACUACAUAAAGCAGUUGACUGUAUUUAUGCAAAAUAUAUUUAAAAAAUAAAUAUUUUUGAAUUUAA